UCGCAAGUGACGAUGUUGUGAGCGCGCACGAACUCUUUACCGCGGCGUUUGUCAGUUUAACAAGUUUGGGAAAACAUAUUUAUUUCACGUCAGUUUUGACAGAGAAUCAUGUGCGCUGCGCAUUAAAGUGCGUGGUCGCUGUAGAGCUGUGAAAGUGUAGCCGUGCAGCGCGUCGGCGUGCCGGUGUCGACUGAUGGUGUAUUAGGAGGCUGGGCCCGCUGGGCGGUGUUUUCAGCGCACCAGUGCAGUAGUGACCCAAGAUUGUGGCAUAGAAAGUAGUGGCGCCGGCAAGGGGUGAACAUGGGUGUGCUCAUGAACACUUCUCAAAACAACAAAGUAGUUUUGGUGGUUCAGAAGAAUUGCAAUCGACUGUGCGCAUUGGCAUAUGUAGCCGGGCUGAUCGCUUUUGCCGUUCUAGCCUGGAAUGAGUGCAACAACAAGACCUAUUUCUCGGAAAACGCCCUCCUACCUGGCCUUGUGAACAGGAGGUUCAACCUUGGCACAUUCGCAAAGGACACAUUGGAAAGCCUGAAAGAAGAGGCUAGAAGUCACGCAAGCUUGCCUUUGCCAUGGCUGCUUGGUCAGUUUCGUCAGCUGGGGCUUGAUGUGUACAGACACAAUUUCAGCCUUCACUACCCGUUGGGAUCGAAACCCACACAUGGUGGAGAAAAUGUGUAUGCUAUCCUGCGGGCUCCUCGGGGUGCUGGCACAGAGGCAGUUGUGUUAUCAUCACCAUACCGCAUGGAGGACAGCCUUCAUGGAUCCACACUUCCCGGAAUCGCACUCAUGGUUGCACUUGCCAAGUAUUUCAGAGCUCAGGGGUCAUGGGCCAAAGAUGUAAUAUUUCUCAUCACUGAACAUGAGUUAGUUGGAUUUCAAGCGUGGUUGGAUGCUUACCAUGACAUCUAUACUGCGCCUGGAGUUAUUGAUCCUGGAAUGCUAAAGGCUAGAAGUGGCCCCAUUCAAGCUGCCAUCAACUUGGAGCUCCAUAGUAGUCGCAUUAGGCGGCUUGACUUGAAGCUGGUUGGAUUGAACGGCCAACUACCAAACCUCGAUUUGUUCAACUUGGUAAUAGAGCUGUGUCUUCGAGAGUCUGUGCACACAACAUUCCAUGAUCAAGUUUCUCCCUAUGACUUACAACCUUUUGAAGGCUGGAUGCAGUCAUUUAAGACCAUGACAGCCAUGAUGGCUGCUCAAGCAUCUGGUCAGCCAAAUGGGGGCCAUGGACUCUUUCAUCGUUAUGCCAUCCAAGCUCUGACUUUGGAAGGUCAUGCAGAUGGAGCAGCCUCUGUUAGUGUUGGAUUAGAAGAGGUCGGCAGAGUGCUUGAAGGUGUGUUUUCUAGCUUGAACAACUUGCUAGAACGAUUUCACCAGUCAUUCUUCUUCUACUUGCUGCCAUCUACAAGAAGAUAUGUUUCUAUUGGAUUGUAUAGCCCUGCAUUUGCUUUGAUUGGCCUUCCAGCUUUAUUAAAGGCAGGAGUACUGUUCUUGUCUUUGAGUGGCGAUCCGAAAAGUGCUGGCAGGGCCAGUUAUCAAAAGACUGCAUCACCCUGGUCAGCUUUGCCAUGCAUGACGGUGUCACACACUGUUGGUUUCUUGCUGAUGAUGGCGCCUCUGUACUUUGAUCAGUUGGGACACCGCUUUCAGCUGUCGAGCCAGGAGUCCUUGUACUUUGGAUAUGUGGCUGUGCUGGCCCUAUCACUUUUUCUGCCGCUGUUUAUAGGCCCAAGGAAUGACAUGGAAAGGGCUGCCCAUAAAUGUGCCAUGCUGCUUGCAUUUUCUACGGUGCUGUUCUCUUUGGCCUUGGUGAACAUAUCAUUGGCCACUGCUGUCACUAUCGUUGCUAUACCAGUGUUGGUUACAGCAGGUAGCACGAAAAACAGGGGUAUUGUCGUCUUUCACAGAUUCCUGCAGCUUUUAAUUCAUCCAUUUGUGUUUAGUUUCUUAAUUAUCUUUAUGCAAGCUAUGAGUCUUGAUGGAUGGGAGCCUCGGUUCAUUCAAAGCAACCUAUCUUACUCAUUUUUGGGCCACAAGAAAAUUGUGUUGUUUUCUGUGGAAGACUGGCUUCUCUAUGGCAACUGGACAUUUGUCAUAACUUGCUUAGGCCUUAUACCAGUAUGGCUGCAGAUGUGGAUGGCAUGAUUGAUCCCUCCAGUGUGUUGAACUUUGUUGUCUUUCUGUCUAAAAACAUUUUGUGCACAUAUGACACACAUAGGACUCUAGGAAUCAUUUGUGGCCAUUAUUGAUGGAGGAUAGGUGACAUGGGUCUGUCCAAGUACCCCCUUCAAGAUGAUAUAAUGGAUCAUUUAAUAAAUUAUCAUUUUUGA